AUGUUGUCUGCAUUCGUUGAAUUGCCAGGUGGAUUGGCUGUGCUCCCGCUAAUGUUAUAUACUGGUCGACGAAAUUUGUGCAUGGCAACACUGGCCUUACAGGGCUUUUUCGUCAUUAUUGCACCGUUUUUGAAACGUUCGCAGUUUUGGCUUGAUCAUUUUUUUCUCAUAAGGAUCAAACGAGCUACUGAACGUACGUUUUUAGAUCCGCAUUGGUUUAUGGUUGGUUGCUUUCUGAGCGGAAAAUUUAUAAACAGUAUUACCUAUUCGGUUCACUCCAUAUACAUAUCCGAAAUGGCGCCAACCUCUGUACGGUCAUUAUCGUACUCGAUAAUCAAUAUACCACAAAGUAUCGGGAUUAUUGUCGCACCUUACCUUCGACACGUUAGAAUUGGCCCCGAGUACACGAAAUUUGUCAUUGUUGGCAUACUAAGCUUAACAGCAGGAGCUCUAUGUUUAUUACUUCCGGAGACGAAAGAUCGUCCUCUACCAGCGGAUAUAAGCAGUUUAACUGCGAUUAAUGAACAUACCGGGGACAUGAAAGAAGGAGAAGAACUCUUGAGUGUCGAUCUUUGCCAUGCGGAUCCAGUAGAGGUCUUGGCCAACGACUGCUUCAUAUUCGCAGAAGUUGUAGUCCUAAAAAUUAAGGCUAUCAGCGUACAGAUUUCAAAUGUUCUGUGA